CGUGAUGACGGCUGCUUUCUAAUCACAUUCAGGUCUGGUCGUUCCUACAGCGUUUUCUUCGCCUAUCCAGAGAGGAUCCAGUCACUAGUGUCACCCUGAUAAGCCCGAAAAAGCUGGAUGCUGGAUAAGGGCCUGGUGAACUAGAGGCAACCCAGAGUCCUCUGCCUUAAACCCCUGUUUGCCUCUGUAUGGAAAAAUCCCCUUUGUGUGAUGACCUUGUAGACACACCAUUUGAACUUACUGACCGGAGCAGCGAACCAUGUUCAACUUCAAAAAGGACAAAGAGAAGGAUGGAGCGAGGAAGGAGAAGAAGGACAAGAAGGACAAGAAGGAGCGGAUGUCCGCCGCUGAGCUGCGCAGCCUGGAGGAGAUGAGCAUGAGGCGUGGCUUCUUCAACCUUAACCGAGGGUCCAAGAGAGAUUCUAAGAGCAAGCUGGAGAUCUCCAACCCCAUCCCCAUCAAGGUGGCCAGCAGCAUGGAGCUAAGCCUGACCGACAUUGAGUCGGACGGCCUGAGCAACCGCAGUAGCAUGGUGCUGGAUGUUGACCAGCUAAGCGCAGCCAGCUCCAGUGAUGACCUGAAGGGGGACUACGGCCAGGAUGCCCACCACCGGAGCUCGGUGAAGGAGCGGGCCUCCAGGUUUGGCUCCCUGGCCAUGCCGAGCUCGCAGGUGGGCCAGAUCAUGAAGCGCUUCUCCUUCUCCCAGAAGAGCAAGGAAGAGAGCCCCUCUGAGGGCUCCACGCCGUCCGGCCAGAACUCAGCCGCCCCCUCCCCUCAGGUGGAGACCAAGGUGUUCGACCCCCAGCGCACGCAGAGCCCCCAGCAGCAGCAGCAGCAGCUUGGCCCUCGAAAAAAAGUGCGCAUCCCAGAGGUGGUGGAUAAAACGUUCCCAGCAGACCUCCGGCUCCCGGCUGUGAUCCCACCGCAGACCCCGGAGGUUCGGGAGCUGGAGCUGCAGCGGCGCAACACUGGCGACUUUGGCUUCUCCCUGCGCCGCACCACCAUGCUGGACCGCGGCGCUGACGGAGCAGUCUACCGGCGCGUGGUCCACUUCGCCGAGCCUGGCGCCGGCACCAAGGACCUAGCGCUGGGGCUGGUUCCUGGGGACCGACUGGUCGAGAUCAAUGGCAGGAACGUGGAGAACAAAAGCCGGGACGAGAUCGUGGAGAUGAUACGGCAGUCGGGCGACACGGUGCGACUGAAGGUGCAGCCCAUCCUGGAGCUGAGUGAGCUGAGCCGCUGCUGGCUGAGGAACACAGAGGGGCUUCGGCGCGAGGCCUUUGAUGUGAAGACCGAAGAGCAGAUAGCCGCGGAGCAGGCAUGGUACGGCUCCGAGAAAGUGUGGCUGGUCCACAAAGAUGGCUUCUCCCUGGCAACGCUGCUGAAGACCGAGGCUGGCAGCCUGCCGGAGGGCAAAGUGAAGAUCAAACUGGAACACGACGGGACGGUGCUGGACGUGGACGAGGACGACGUGGAGAAGGCAAACCCUCCGUCAUUCGACCGCUCGGAGGAUCUGGCGUCGCUGCUGUACCUGAACGAGUCCAGCGUGAUGCACACCUUGCUUCAGCGCUACGGGGGCAACCUCAUCCACACCCACUCCGGGCCCAACAUGGUGGUCAUCAACCCCAUCAGCUCACCCUCCAUGUACUCAGAGAAGGUAAUGCACAUGUUCAAGGGUUGCCGGCGAGAGGACACGGCCCCACACAUCUACGCCGUUGCACAGUCAGCCUACCGCAACCUGCUGACCACACGCCAGGACCAGUCCAUCGUGCUGCUGGGCAAGAGUGGCAGCGGCAAGACCACCAACUGCCAACACCUGGUGCAGUACCUGGUGUCCAUCGCUGGCAGCACCGGCAAGAUCUUCUCAGCUGAGAAAUGGCAGGCGGUCUACACUAUCCUGGAGGCCUUCGGGAACAGUGCCACGGCCAUGAACGCCAACGCCAGCCGCUUCUCCCAGAUUGUCUCGCUGGACUUCGACCAGGCCGGCCAGGUGGCCUCAGCCUCUAUCCAGACCAUGCUGCUGGAGAAGCUGAGGGUGACUAAGCGCCCGGAGGCCGAGUCUGCCUUUAAUGUGUUUUACUACCUGAUGGCAGGAGCAGACAGCACACUCAGGACCGAGCUGCAUUUCAACCACUUUGCCGAGAACAGUGCAUUUGGCAUCGUGCCUCAGUCCAAGCCCGAGGACAAACAGAAGGCUGCUCAGCAGUUCACUAAGCUGCAGGCCGCCAUGAAGGUGCUGGGCAUCUCGGCCGACGAGCAGAAAGCCCUCUGGCUCAUCCUGGGGGCCAUCUACCACCUGGGCGCCGCCGGGGCCACCAAAGAGGCAGACGAAGCCGGACGAAAGCAGUUUGCGCGUCACGAGUGGGCACAGAAGGCCGCCUACCUGCUGGGUUGCACCCUGGAAGAGCUCUCGUCAGCCAUCUUCAAGCACCAGGCCAAGGGCACAAUGCAGAGGUCAACGUCCUUCCGCGGGGGCCCAGAUGAUAAGGGGGCUGGAGAAAGCUCAGGCCCCAAGACCACGGCGCUGGAGUGUCUGGAGGCCAUGGCGUCGGGCCUCUACUCGGAGCUCUUCACCCUCGUCAUCUCCCUCGUUAACCGAGCACUGAAGGCGAGCCAGCACUCCCUGUGUUCGCUGCAGAUCGUGGACACGCCGGGUUUCCAGAACCCACGGCUGGCCAAGCGGGAGCGUGGCGCCACCUUUGAGGAGCUCUGCCACAACUACGCCCAGGAGCGUCUGCAGAGCCUCUUCCAUGAGCGCACCUUUGUGCAGGAGCUCGAGCGUUACAAGGAGGAAAACAUAGAGCUUGCAUUAGAUGACAUAGAACCCAGUACAUCUAUGUCUGUAGCGACUAUAGACCAAGCCUCGACUCAAGCACUGGUGCGGACGUUGGCCCGUACAGAUGAGGCACGGGGCCUGCUGUGGCUGAUGGAGGAGGAGGCAGUGCUACCAGGGGGCUCAGAGGAGACGCUGCUGGAGAGACUCUUCAGCUACUACGGCUCCUCAGAAGGAGACAGUAAAGGCAACACCCUCCUCCUGAAGAGUGACAAACCGCAUCACUUCCUGCUCGGCCACAGCCACGGCACAGACUGGGUGGAGUACAACAUAGAGGGCUGGCUGUGCCACGCCAAGCAGAACCCGGCUUCCCAGAACGCCGCCACUCUGCUGCAGGACUCCCAGAAGAAGAACAUCAGUGGCUUGUUUAUGGGUCGCUCCAGCGGGGCGACGGUGCUGUCCGGCUCCAUCGCGGGCCUGGAGGGCGGCUCUCAGCUGGCCCUGCGCCGCGCCACCAGCAUGAGGAAGACCUUCACCACGGGCAUCUCUGCCGUCAAGAAGAAGUCCCUCUGCAUCCAGAUCAAGCUGCAAGUGGAUGCACUGAUCGACACGGUGAGGAGGUCCAGGGUGCACUUUGUCCACUGCCUGCUGCCCAAAGCGGACGCCCUGAGCGGGGACCUGAAGCUGAUCGGUGGCCCGUCGCCCCGCGGCGGCGAGUCCGAGGCCCACGGGGAGAGCUGCGACACGGGCCUCAUGCAGCUGGACGUGGGGCUGCUGAGAGCUCAGCUCCGGGGCUCCAAGCUGCUGGAUGCCCUGAGGAUCUACAGGCAAGGUUACCCCGACCACCUGGUCUUCUCCGAGUUCCGCCGGCGUUUCGAUGUGCUGGCCCCCCACCUGACCAAGAAGCACGGCCGCAACUUCAUCGUGACCGAUGAGAAGAGAGCGGUGCAGGAGCUCCUGGAGUCCUUGGAGCUGGAGAAGAGUAGCUACCAUAUGGGACUGAGUCGGGUGUUCUUCAGGGCAGGAAUCUUGGCUAAGCUGGAGGAGCAAAGGGACAUCCAGACCAGGCAGAACAUCACCCUCUUUCAGGCAGCCUGCCGAGGUUACCUGGCCAGACAGUCCUUCAAGAAGAGGAAGAUCCAAGACCUGGCCAUCCGCUGCAUCCAGAAGAACAUCAAGAAGAACCGUGGGGUGAAGGGCUGGCCCUGGUGGAAGGUCUUCACCACUGUGCGCCCACUCAUCCAGGUGCAGCUCAGCGAGGAGCAGAUCCGCGGCAAAGACGAGGAGAUUCAGCAUCUGAAGGCCAAACUGGAGAAGGUGGAGAAAGAGAGGAAUGAACUGAGGCUCAACAGCGAUCGCCUGGAUAGCAGGAUCACAGAGUUAUCGUCUGAGCUUGCUGAUGAGAGGAACACGGGCGAUUCAGCCUCACAGCUGCUAGAGUCAGAGACCUCAGAAAGACUACGUCUGGAGAAAGACAUGAAGGACCUUCAGGCCAAGUUUGACAGCAUGAAGAAGCAGAUGGACUCAAUGGAGAUGGAGGUGAUGGAGGCUCGGCUCAUCCGUGCCUCCGAGCUUAAUGGAGAAAUGGAUGACGACGACACUGGGGGCGAGUGGAGGCUGAAGUACGAGCGAGCCAUCAGGGAGAUUGAGUUCACCAAGAAGAGGCUGCAGCAGGAGUUUGACGACAAGCUGGAGGUGGAGCAGCAGAACAAGAGGCAACUGGAGAGAAGGCUGACAGACCUGCAGGCUGAUAAUGAGGAGGUGCAGCGCGUGGCGGCGCAGCUGAAGAAGAAGUGCCAGCGGCUGACGGCGGAGCUGCAGGACACCAAGCUGCAUCUGGAGGGCCAGCAGAGUCGCAACCACGAGCUGGAGAAGAAGCAACGCAAGUUUGACUCUGAGCAGACGCAAGCUCAGGAGGAGGUGCAGAGGGAGAGGAACCAGAGAGAGAAACUGAGCCGAGAGAAAGACAUGCUGGUUGGAGAGGUGUUCAGCGUUCGACAGCAGCUGGAGGAUAAAGACCUGGAGAUGUGUGCGCUGAACCUGAAGGUGGAGCAGCUGGAUGCGGAGCUGCAGGACCUGUCGUCGCAGGAGUCCAAGGACGAGGCCUCGCUGUCCAAGGUCAAGAAGCAGCUGCGCGACCUGGAGGCCAAGGUCAAGGACCAGGAAGAGGAGCUGGACGAGCAGGCUGGCACCAUCCAGAUGCUGGAACAGGCGAAGCUUCGUCUGGAGAUGGAGACGGAGAGGCUGAGGCAGACCCACUCGAAGGAGAUCGAGAACAAAGAUGAGGAGGUGGAGGACAUCAGGCAGUCCUGCAGCAAAAAGCUGAAGCAGAUUGAGGUGCAGCUGGAGGAGGAGUACGAUGACAAGCAGAAGGUGCUCCGCGAGAGGAGAGAGUUGGAAGCCAAGCUGCUGGCUGCCCAGGACCAGGUGAGCGUCAGAGACGUGGACACCGAGAAGCGUCUGAGGAAGGACCUGAAGCGCACCAAAGCCCUGCUGGCCGACGCCCAGAUCAUGCUGGACCACCUGAAGAACAACGCCCCCAGCAAGAGGGAGAUUGCACAGCUCAAGAACCAGUUUGCGAGAGGUGUUCCUUUGGCUCAGCUGGAGGAGUCCGAGUUCACAUGCGCGGCCGCAGUCAAAGCCCGCAAGGCCAUGGAGGUGGAGAUCGAAGACCUACACGUCCAGAUGGAGGACAUCUCCAAGUCCAAGCAAGCCCUGGAGGAACAGCUGAGUCGGGUGCAGCGGGAGAAGAACGACCUGCAGUCCCGCAUGGAGGAGGACCAGGAGGACCUUAAUGACCUCAUGAAGAAGCACAAGGCUGCUGUGGCACAGUCCUCACAGCACCUGUCCCAGAUCUCUGACCUGCAGGCCCAGCUGGAAGAGGCCCUGAAGGAGAAGCAGGAGGUCCAGGAGAAGCUCCAGUCUCUGCAGAGCCAGCUGGAGUUCCAGGAGCAGUCCAUGGUGGAGAAAUCGCUGGUCAGCCGACAGGAGGCCAAGAUCCGCGAGAUCGAGACCAAGCUGGAGUUCGAGAAGACGCAGGUCAAACGCCUGGAGAGUCUGGUGGCGCGUCUGAAGGAGAACGUGGAGAAGCUGACGGAGGAGCGGGACCAGCGCAGCGCCAGCGAGAUCCGCGAGAAGGAGCAGAACAAGCGCUUCCAGCGGCAGGUCCGCGACAUCAAGGAGGAGAUGGCCGAGCUGGCCAAGAAGGAAGCGGAGGCCAGCCGCAAGAAGCACGAGCUGGAAAUGGACAUUGAGAGCUUGGAAGCAGCCAAUCAAAGCCUUCAGGCAGAUCUGAAGCUGGCCUUCAAAAGGAUCGGCGACCUGCAGGCCGCCAUCGAGGAUGAGAUGGAGAGCGAUGACAACGAGGACCUCAUCAACAGUUUACAAGAUAUGGUGACUAAGUAUCAGAAACGAAAGAACAAAACUGAGGGGGAGUCGGGCUCAGACUCCGAGGUGGAGGAUCGGGUGGACGGGGUGAAGUCGUGGCUGUCCAAAAACAAGGGCUCCGCCAAGAACCUGUCAGAUGAUGGAAGCCUGAAGAGCUCAAGAUAUGCUGUUAACGUUGAUGCAAAGGAAGGCAAAGAGUGGAAAGAGGGUAAGGAAUGGAAAGAAAAUGGUAAAGAGGUAGAGCAGAGCAGGCCGGUGUCCGUGAUGAGUUCGCUCAGUUACAGGAAGCGCUCCAACCUCAAGGACUCUAUCGGGGGUAAAGGGGACGAAGGCUCCCUCUUCAGCACCCUCAAAGAUCAGUCUCAGAACUCCCAAGAGCUCUCGUCCUUCCGCAAGGGCAAGGGCAAGGCGGCAGACGGCCAGGACGACACCUACUCCGUCAGCUCCUGGCGGAAGUCCCAGGCCGGAGACGACCUGGACGACCGCGGCUCGGUCAUCUCGCAGGCCUACUCGGAGGCCACCAGCCGGGCCAGGAAGGGCAUGGAGAGCCGCUGGUCCGAGUUUGACAAGGAGUCAAUGGCCCCGAGCCGCGCCUCUACCCGCUGCACUGUGUUGGACUUGGACGAUGAGGACGACUCCAAGUCUGUGCUGAGCAGGGGCCUCUCCAGCUCCCUUAGCCGUCACCGCAGCAUGUCCCGUCUGGAGGGCUCACCCGUCUCCCCGAGCCCAAGCCGGCGGUCGGGCGGCCGGAGCCCUGGCAGCGUGAGCCGUGCCGACUCGCGCAUGUCGAUGGCCCGCAGCUGCCGGCUCAGCGAGUUCGGCCUGGACGACGACACGCGCAGCGUGGCCCUCAGCGAUGCCCGCUCCUCCGCCUACAGCCCCUUCUCCAGCGGCCGCAGCGUCUCCAUGCCCCCCCAGGCCCGCGCCACCGACAGCAGCCCCCCCGACACCUCCGACGUCAAGCCCGUCACCCAUCGCAAUUACCUGGACCCCGACCUCGAGAAGGCCAUCAACGAGGUGCUCAGCUUCAAGCCCAUCACGUUCAAGCGCACCAGCCUGGAGGACUCAGAGGCCGAAGGCAGCAAGAAGGACCAGGACGAGGACGGUGGCAGUGGUGGAAGGAAGAGCAGCUUGCGGCGCUCUGCCUCGGCCAUGGACGUGAGGCCAUCCAGCAGCCUGAGCACACGCAGCAGUCGCAGCAGUCGCAGCCGCAGCAGCAGCAAGAAGUCAAAGAAGAAGAAGAAGAGGAGGAGCCACAGCAGCGAGUCCGACAGCUCAGACUCGGACGGCGACCGCCGCAAGAAGAGCUCCAAGAAGAAGGCCAAGAAGGCCAAGAAGAAGUCUAAGAGGGCCUCCUCCUCCUCCUCUUCUUCGUCGUCCUCAUCCAGCUCGGAGUCCAGCUCAGAGUCCAACUCCAGCUCUGGAGCGUCCACCAUUUCCUACCGCAGCACCAACAGCAUCAAGAAGGCCCCCAACAGCAAACCGGCAUCAGGCUCUGAGGAGGAGAGAGACCCUCAGGGCUCUGCUGAAGGGGCACCAUCUCCCAACAAGAAGGACAUGAAGAAGAGGAAGAAGAAAGUGGACAACGUGAUGAUGAAGUAUCUUUAUCGAGCCGACAGUGACUAGAGCGAGGCGCCAGCCACCCUCCUUCAAGACGGCGCUUCUGCUUUGAUCGAUCUGAUGAAGAGGAGGA